AUGGCCCAUUCGCCCCGCGCAUUUCCCCCUCCCUUCCGCGUUCGCCUCCGCAAUCCCCCGCUCAAUCCCACUUUCCGCCUUUCCCUCUCCGCCCGUAUAACUUUCCGCACGUGGCAGCCCUUUCCCCGUAUCCCUCCCGCCUCCGCCGCCUCUCGCGUGGGCGCAAUCCGCAAUUCCCCACCCGCCCCUUUUGGCGCAUUCCGCUCGUGGCGGAUCCGCCUCUCCGCAACCGCGGAAGCAGGAGGCGCAGCGGAAGCGGAAAGCGCGCCUGGAGCACUCGCGUUACCGGCGAAGGGAAUUCAGGAGAGGCGUAGGGAAGCUGCGGGAGAGGAGGGAGAGGGUACAGGGUUCCGGGGAGAGGGGACUGCAAGGGACGAAGGAGGAAACGGGGAAGAGAGUGCGGAGGGGGUAAGUGGAGAAGGGGAAGGCGGAGAGGAGGAGGGUGGAGAGGAGGGCGGAGAGGGGGAAGGCGGAGAGGAGGGGGAAGAAGGGGAGUGCGGAGAGGAUUGGGAGCGAAUGGCGGCGACAGAGGAGUCGGUGGGCAUAUGCUGCUACGCCAAUGACCUGCCCGGCAUUCACGGCGUGCUCAAACAGAGGUUCGCGGACUUUAUAGUGAACGAGGUGGCACCCGAUGGCACAGUGGUGCAUCUGACGCACCUGCACGUGGCCCCCGCGCUGCUGGUGCAGGAGCAGCAGGCGCAGCAGCAGGCGCGCAGGCGCGAGGCGGAGAGCCUGGGGGAACUGGUGGACGCGCAGGGGGUGCUGGCGCAGCUCCGCCGGGCGCUGGGGGGGAGCGCGGAGGGGGAAGGGGGAGGGGGAGGGGGGUUGCGCGAUGAGGAAGAUGCGAGGAAGCUGCUGCAGCUGCUGGAAGGGAUUAGGGGCAUUCAGCUGUGGUGGAAAGAGAAGAAGAGGGGAGGCGAGGAGGGAGAGAAGGAGGGAGGAGAGGAGGGUGCUGGGGGAGAAAGGGCGGAGGGAAGCGUGCAAGGGGGGGAGGUGGGGGAGGUGGGGGAGGUGGGGGAGGGAGCGGAGGCGGGGGGAGGUGCUCCUCCGCCUAUGCCUGAGCCGGUGGUCUUUGCUGCCAGUGCUGACAAGGCGUACCGUGCUGGCUACUCACCAAGGGCUACUCCUCCUACCCUCAGGGCUAUCCGAUCCGACACCAUCGACGCCCCCCCAGGCCAAGCAAAGCAGUCCCUGGCCUCCCCACUCUUCCCAGCCUACAUUGGUCUAGAGGCAAAGCAAGCCAUGUCAGGCUCUCUCCUUCCCGCACCACUCCCUCCCACCCACCACCAGGCCAUGCACGCGUUCUUCAAGUCAUACCCCUUUCUUGUCUCGCACACGAUAGACAACCCCCAAGGCCCAGCCAUGCACGCGUUCAUCAAGGCAUAUCCUUAUCUCGUAUCCGACACCAUCGACGCCCCCCAGGGGCCCCCCUACCGCUGUGUGCGCCUGCGCUUCCUCCCCCCGCCCGCCCUCAACCUCAAGGGCGCAGGGGGGCGCGCAGGGGAGCGCGGAGGGCGGGGGGAAGGGGGGCAGAGGGGCGGGGACGGGAGGGGGUGGCGGGAGGGGCGCUGGGGGGGAAAGAGAGGGGGAAGGGGCGGGAAGUGGGGGAAGCGCGGGAGGGAGGAGUGGGAGGGUGGGGAUAGGAAGAGAGGGAGGAGCGAUGGUGGUGGUGAUGGUGAUGGGGCGCAUAGGGGGGAAGGGGGGGAUGGCGGAGAGGGGGGGGGACAGGGGAGGGAUCAGGGGGAGGAGGAUCAGCCGGCGUUUGACAGGAGGGGGAGGAAGGGCGCGGAUGGGGUGCCUGCAACCACCGAGCGCCGCUUCCUCAUGUGCGUGGUAUGGGUUGGGUGCAUUGGGGUGCUCAAAGGUGCUCAAAGGUUCCACGUGUUGAAGGAGAACAAGGACACCAACGAGGCCAUGGCGCUCGUGGGGCGCUACCUGGGCGUGCAGAGCCGCGCGCUGGGGUUCUCAGGCACCAAGGACAAGCGUGCCGUCACCGUGCAGCGGGUGACAGUGAGCAACCAGUCGGCGCGCAAGGUGGCAUCACUGAACGCCAAGCUGUUUGGCAUCCGAGUGGGCGACUACCGCCUUGUGGACCAGCCUCUCGUGCUGGGGCAGCUGGCGGGAAACCGCUUCGUUGUCACUCUCAGGGCCGUGAGAGCGCCCAGUCUAGACGCCAUCACAGCAGCAGCAGAGGGCCUUCGCUCUCAUGGCAUCAUUAACUACUUUGGCCUUCAGCGGUUUGGAGUGGGUCCGGUGGCGACGCACUCGGUGGGAGCAGCGCUGCUGAGGGGGCUGAAGCGCAACCCGCGCAAUCUGGUGCAGGCGCUGGGCUUCAUCCCGCGCACCAUGCGCCUCAUGUACGUGCACAGCUAUCAGAGCUAUCUGUGGAACCAUGCUGCCUCACACCGCAUCAAGACAUAUGGCUCCACCCGAGUGGUGGCAGGUGACCUUGUGAUCUGCUCCCUUCCUGCUGCCACUGCCGCUGCCACAGCUGCUAGUGCUGCUGCUGCUGCUGCUGCUGCAGCAGGGAGAGCAGCGGGCGUGGGGGCAGAGGGGCCGGGCAUGAGGGGCACAGACGCAGAGGCGGAGGCGGAGGAGGCGGCAGCAGUGGCGGUGGAAGCGAGGGCGGAGGGGGAGGAGGUGAGGGUGGUGAGUGAGGAGGAAGCAGAAAAAGGGGUUUACUCCAUCGACCAAGUCGUGCUGCCGCUGCCAGGCUGCACCAUUCAGUACCCCACCAACUCCACUGCUGAAGUCUUUCAUUCUCUCGCCGCCAAGGACGGCAUAGACCUCUUCACCAGCAAGCACAGCGUCAAGGAAUAUUCCAUCGAGCGCAUCCCAGGGGGCUACAGGCGCUUGCUGCAGCGCCCCUCCGACUACAACUG